AAGAAAAAUUUCGGGGGGAGAGAGAGAGAGAGAGAGGAUUUGACAUAAAGCAAGAAAAAGAAGGGGGAGAAAUACAUUUUUGUGAUUUCUCAUUCAUGGGCUGCACUGUUUCUCGACCAGAAGGUCUUUUCAGCACCAAAGACGCCACCAUUGAAGAUUGUUUUGCUUCUUCUGCUCUUGAUUUUGUUUCUUCUUCAUCUGUCUCAAGAACCCUUUCUCUCCCAACGCCUCCGGUCCACCAUCCUCCCUUGAAGAAGGGCGAUACCCAUCACCUAGUUUCCCUUACCUCCACAACCUACGGUUCUCUUCUUCUCCUUGAUCAAUCUUCAUCAGAUCAUCAUCAGAGCAAGACCCUAGCCCUAGAAUCAGAAACCCAAGAAAGCGCAUCUCCCGUUUCGGUUAUCAACGCCUGGGAACUCAUGGCCGGCCUUGACGACUUUGAUUGCUCAUCUAAACCCAACAAAGGUUCCUUCCUUGAAAGAUCCUUCUCCGUUCGUCAUGAUUCUUCUUCCUCCAAUAAACCCUUUUUCGCCCGCACUGGAUCCGUCAAGAAGCUCUGCAGCUCCUUCGAAGCCACCAGAUUAGAUAAUUCGGAUUCGAAUUCGAAUUCGAACUUGAUCGGCGAAGGGAAGGUGAAGAAAUUGUGCAAUUCGUUUGAACCGUCGGCAGAUCCUGGGGAGAAUAAUAAUUCAUCGAUGAAGCCUCUCUGGAAACACAUGUCGGAGGAAAUGCUUUUGGCUGAUAUGGAUCCCAACGUGGUUUCUAGUUUCAGACGGGCUAUAUCGUCUAGGCAAUUGGGUAUGAAUCAAUCGAAGAUGGUGAGGCCGUCUGUGGGUUCGAGCUCUAGGUUUUCACCUUUAUCGGAGUAUCGUAGUCGAUUACCCGGAACUGAGGAUAAGAUUGUUGUGUAUUUCACUAGUUUACGGGGAAUUCGAAGGACUUACGAGGAUUGCUGUGCUGUUCGUAAUAUAUUUAGAGGAUUUAGGGUUUCUGUGGAUGAGAGAGAUAUUUCUAUGGAUUCUGCUUAUAGGAGAGAGCUGCAGAAUGUGCUGGGAGAGAAGACUUUUAGUUUACCCCAGAUUUUUAUUCGUUCGAGGUACAUUGGUGGGGCUGAAGAGAUAAAACAGCUUCAUGAGAUGGGUGAUUUGAUCAAGCUUCUUGAAGGGUUCCCUCUUCGUGAUCCCAGGUUCGUCUGCGAGAGCUGCGGUGAUGCGAGGUUUGUUCCUUGCUUGAAUUGUAAUGGCAGUCGCAAGGUUUUUGAUGAAGACGAAGAACAAUUGCGCAGGUGCCCGGAAUGCAACGAGAACGGAUUGAUACGGUGCCCUAGUUGCUCUUCUUAAAUGCUUCUAGUUAUUAAUGGCGUAUAUAUCACUGUUUCUUGAAUGCUUCUAGCGAUUAAUGGUGUAUAUCUAUAUAGCUGUUGUGAAAAAUGUUGGAAGAAAAGGGGGAAAAAAAUAUUGCUUUUAUUGCUUUUUAGUGUGGGUUUCUGUCAAUCUGGGGUGGUGAUUAGAAGAAACUUUUCUUGGGUUUUCUUUUUCUCUCUGUAAAUUGCUUUCCAACAGGGCGUUCUUGUUCAUCAUCUCCCUAAACAUAACAAAGAAAUAAAUCGAAUUUUUU